AUGCCAGCAGAGCCUGCACAGGCCAACUCUGACACUGAUCAGAGCAAAGCGGGUGAGAGCCAUGCAACAGUGACAGGGUUUGGGGCAUCCGAGGCAGGGACCUUUGCAUCCGUGCCAGUGGAGAAUGCAUCCGUCAAGCCGGUAGUGUCUGUCCCUGAAUCAGCUGCAGUUGGACCGACCCACAAAGAUAGCUUUGCCACUGACAAUGAAGGGCAGGGGAGGCCAUUGGCCGAACACAUGAGUGAGCAGAUUGCCAAAGAUCUAGAGCCAGAUUGCGAGAACUUUCACUUGGCCAAAUUGCCGGAUGACAUGCAAACUCCACCCAGUGUAGGUACUUCCAGGCCUGUGGUGACAGCCACAAUUCAUCCGACCACUGGGGGAAUCAGUUUCCCGAUGUCGCAGAGUUCAUUGAAGCCUUCUCAGGUUUCCACAGCUGGGGAGCUCCUGAAUAGGACACACAGACCGAUUGCACCAGACCAAAUGCAAGGCAAGUUCAGCGAAGCGGACAGCCUAUCUGCAAAAGCCUCAUCCACGGUCAAGGGUUUCAAGCAGAGGGAAACCUCCCAUGAAUUUGCAUCCAGUGCUCCGAAGAGACAAUGUCCCGCCCGACCCCUCUUUCAGGCCAUGCCUGGGGUUUCCAACACCUCAGGUCCCUCCCCUAUGGAAAGAGACCGUAAUGAUCAGGGUACAGUUUCGGGGUUCUCCGCAGUUGGGGGGUUGCUUGCUUUUCGGAAGCCCACAGCGCCGAUUGACAGCACUCAGAGUGCGGAGGUACAACCUGUCGCACGGGAGCCCCAGCAAAUCAUUGACAGCCAUCCAAAGCAAUGUGACCAAAACCUAGCAAAGUCCAUUUUAACAGGGAAAGUUGCAAUCCUGGAUCUUGACACACAAACAUAUCACUCCAUCUCAAUUGACGCAGGUCAGACAGCAGCUGACCUCCAACUGGCAGUACAGAGGCUGACAGGACAUGAGGUGCAAAUUAUUGAUUGCCUCGGUAAUGCACUCACUCAUGCCGACUCUUUGGAGGGCCACAAACUUCUUGCGAUUGGAACUGACAUCAAAGCGCCGAUGCAGUCGCUCAAGUUUCGUAAUGCAGAAUUGGUUCAGUUGAGUCGAAAAGAUGCCCUGUUUCGCCAAUUGGGAGCGGUAGCCACCGACGAAAUGAGUUUUUAUCUGCAAGGGCUGGAAAAGCAAGGAAGUUUUGGGGUUGUUGCUCCAUUGAUCCUCUCCGAUCUUGCUGACAUUACCACUUUGGCUGAGGCAUGGAUGACUGAAGCAUUGGGAAUUUCAGGGACUGUUGUUUCGGCAGUGUGGCACAAUUACCAUUGGAUCCUGAUGGUGAUUUCUCAAACACCUGAAGGGUACUUUGUCCAGACAACCGUGGCUGGAGUGGACAUUUGGCCUUUGAUGUUUCCCACAGUAGCUUCCGCAGACUUUCAGGUACAGGUUCCAUAUGAUCUGCCAAGCGAAUUUCCAGAGGAUUGUGGAUUCCAAACGUUUGCAUGGGUCACUCAUGUUGCAUUACAAAUACCACUGAAAGCCAUGUCCUACGGAACAGCUGCGAACUGGCGUGCACUGUUUUGGCAACAUUUGCUCAUGCAUGGUGAAAGCCCUUCAGAGUUCAUCAUGUUGCUUGGCGGGGUUCAAGUAGAUCACAUGGAUGACAAGAACAGCCCAGCCCAUGGAAGCUCUGAUGUGCGAGAUGAGCUUGAGGUACCCGCCCUACCCCUCUUUCAGGCCAUGCCCUUGGUUUCCAACACCUUGGGUCCCUCCCAUGUGCCCAUAGCAGAAAGUGUGAUUGCCACAUGCCCAGGAGAUCAUGGCAAGAUAGCUGCAGGAGUCAGAGCCGACAAAGAAAUCAGUGCACCGGCCCAGUCCCAAUUGCAAGUCAGGUCUCCGAGCACCAACACGUUGCAGCCGAAAGUAGUAUUGAAGGCGGUAUUGAACAAUGAUGAUGAGUCCAGGAAUCAUGCCUUGGUGGUUGAGAUGGCUGAUGAUGUCCCCACCCCAACCCGCUUUCAUGCCAUGCCCUCAGUUUCCAACACUGGGGGCCCCUCCCAUGGAUUGUCCACACAGCCCUCCGCAGGGGGAACAAUUGCAAAUCACCAUGCCCAGAGUUCCGGUGAAGCCGAUGAAGUUGAGUUGUUGGCCAAUGCAAUUAAUGCAGGGCAUACCAUCCUUUUGGACUUUGAUGACAUGACGUACCAUGUCCUCCCCAUCUGUGAUGCAGCUUGUCAGGUGAACGAAGUGGUUUUCUCAGUCUUGGGAAGGGAUGCCGAAGUCUAUGACUUGCUGGGGAGACCAUUGAAGCCGAGCACCCAGCAUGGACUGCACCGACUGAUCGCCACAGGUCAAGAUCCACAAUUGUUGGCUGCACAGCUAACAUUACGCACUUGCGCACUGGAGCAGUGUAAUCGAACUACUGCAUUGUUCCACCAGGCGGGGGCAGUUGCUGAUGAUGAGAUGACCUACUAUCUGCAGCGCAUGGCACAGCAGCACCACUGUGAGUAUCUACAACCGUUGAUCUGUGGGAAGGAAGGGAGUAGUGAUAGACUUGAAUGGGGUGAAAGACUGGCUUUUGUGACAUGCCCGACUAUCACUGCAGUAUGGCAUAACAACCAUUGGUUUCCUUUUUUGGCAACUCCCGCAGAUCAUGCAGUUGAAAUUUCGUCAUGCCCGGAGGGUUUUCGACUCUGGAAUCAGAUUGCAAGCAGUGCAGUGGUUUGGAGUCCAGCCUCCACAGUGGACCUGCCUACAUGUUUUCGAGAGGAUUGUGGUUUUCAGGUUAUCGCAUGGCUCCUUGGAGCGCUUGGUUUGCAAUCGCCACAUGCCAUGACUGAACACACUGCCAUUUGCCACCGUCUGAAUUUCUGGUAUGAUCAUUUGUGGAGUGCCCUCAAAUCCCACACUCAAAGAUUUGUGCUGGGUGGUCAAUCAGAACUGGAAACAGCAGUGGCCACAAUGUUGAGAGAGCAUGGGGUUUUCACAAAUCGAGUUCUUGACCGCACCAAAUCAGUACUGCAGCAGUUGGGACAGCAGCCGGUGACUCAAGCCUUGAGAUCGGCCAGACCAUGGGCUGCUUUGAAGGCACUGGCUAAUGAGCAUACACCCAAAAUUCGCCUGAUUUGGGAAGAUGAAUUUAGCCACGUAGUGAAAUCACGCACCGGCAAGGACAACAAAUUUGGCACCAAGAAGAAAACAAGUAGGCCACAGCAAUCGGCGGUGUUUACUCCGCAAGAUGUUGCCAUUCCUGAGGGAGUGUUUUGCCAGCAAAGUGGUGCACCUUUGGCACAAAUUCCAGCCCGCAACAUCUCACCCAAUGCUAAGGGGGUUGUAGUCCUUUCGGAGGCGGAGUUGCAGCCGUACUCACAGCAGAAAACAAUAUCGAAAGAGAGUUUGGCAUUCCUGGUUUUGGCUCCCUUUUCUCAAGAGAUCCAAAUGCAAGGGGAAACAAUCAGGUUUCCAGCCCAGAGCACUGCAACCAGUGAGCCGGUUUUGCUUUCUGCAGUUUUGAUUCAAAAGGGUGCAUCUCCAGUGACAAGAUUGACACCGAAGCAGCCAGUCUGUGUUGACACAGUGCCGACUCAGACGUUGAAAAUUCUGUUGUAUCGUGACCAAGCACCCAAGGGAUGGGAAGAAAUUGUGGAUCGCCCGGUCAAGGCCAUACUUGACAUCUUGCCUUGCUUGCGUCUUUGCAAAAUGCCUGAUUGCCACUGUCAGGGUUGGCACCCGACCGAUGAAGAUGCAGCUGAACCAAUCCUGGACAUUUGGCAGCGUGAUUGGAUGACACAACACUUCAAGCGCUCUAAACCUGCUGAAGCUGCCAUUUUCUCAUGCAUGAUGCGAGUGACUGCAAAGGCGUUCCAAGCAGUUGAUUCUCAGUCGGGCACAACAGGUCUUUACAUCGAAGCUAGAGCUCAUGAUGGGCGGUCACAAGAUGAGAGGUUUCACACUGUAUGGUUGCCUAAAUCAUCCUAUGAAGAAGCCCUUGCAAAACAGUCCACAGCAGAAAUUCCCAGCUGCCUAGUGAGGGUCACAAAUCGCUUUGGCCUGCGGGUAUCAGUAGAGCAGGCUAAAGCUUUGCACAAUUUCAUCCGCCCUGAGGUGCCGUUUUUGGCUGGGACAGCAAAGUCCACUUGGAUCUUGGGCCCGGUACCAUAUGGCACCACUCGCAAAGCUCUGACCAAGCUGUUUGAGACAUGGGGUUGGUCAGCCAAGCCGCUUCAACCGACGGGGCCCUCAGCUGAUAGGACUGGGUUGCGUUGGCAAGUAGUCGCAGAAGGGCCUCCAGCCCACUAUGUGUAUACCCUGUCACAUGGAGAUGUUUUGAUUGUCAAAUCUGAUCCCACAGAUGCUAAGACACUGGCACUUGGCCAGGCGGAAGCCUCAGCAGUCACACGUGGAGCAGUAGCACAACAGCACUCUAUGCAAGAUCCUUGGGCAGCAGCAGCAGCGAGGUUGCCUAGUGCUCAGCCUACAGGUCUUUCGUCAGCACAGAUUUCUAGUUGGGAAGCUUCCAUCACACAAAGGGUGCUGCAGCAAGUUCAGUCGAAAGAUACUGAUGCAGUAAUGGUAGCAGAAGAUGAAGGUAGGAUCAGUGCCCUGGAACAUCAGGUUCGUCAAAUGCAGCAGCAGCAGCAGGGAUUGACCAAGCAGCAGCAGUCCCUGGAGAGAAAGGUGGAGUUGAUCGGAAGCCAAGUGGAAUCGCAGACACAGAAAAUCCAGAAUCACAUGGACGAACGAUUGGCUGAUCAGUUUGCUCGCAUCGAAGCAUUGUUGAGUAAACGCCCUAGGGUGACUGGAGGGCACUUCUUUGUCCAAAACAUGUGGUUGCAAGGGGCAGUGGCGUAUGGCUAUGCCCACCAGAGUGACAGUGCCAAAACUAGAGCAAUGACUGAGGAACUUCUGCAAGAUAUCACACAGCAAGUCCUUCCCAAUAAGAAUAAGUUUGCGUUCAUAGCUGGGGACUGGAACCAACACUAUGAUUCUUUACAUGAGACCAAACUGUGGGAGUCGUGGGGUUGGAAAGAAAUUCAAGACAUUGCUUUUGAACGUUGGCAGGUCGAACCAGGCACGACUUGCAAGCGCACCAGUCGCAAAGAUUUUCUGUUUUUGUCACCCUCUCUGCAGCAGUUGGUUCAGAGUGUUUCCAAUGAUUGGGCGCAAUUUCCCGAUCACUCAGUUUUGUCAGCAUAUCUUGCUUUUCCAGAUGCCCACAUUCCAGAAGCAAAAUGGGUGAAACCGAUGCCCAUAGUGUAUAAAGAUCAACAGGAGGUUCAGGCUAUCCGCCAAGCCGAAUGCGCAGCAUUUAAUGAAGCCGAAGACCCCUCCUCCCAAUAUGCAAAGAUCUUUGGUGACUUUGAGCAGGUGGUGCACAGAGUGAAACGCAGUCAUGGCAGCCCAGGCUUGCUGCCCCAGCAGAAAGAAAUUUCAGCACAAGAGCACAAGUUCCGCCUGUGGCGGGCCAUUUUGAAUGCACCCGGAUUUGGCUCCAGCUUUGCCAACUGGUGGCCUACACGUGCUACUCAAAAUGCAAGUGACCCGUUGUUGAUCCCACGAUUAGCCCCUGCAUGGAAAUUAGCAAUGGCCAUUUUGGCUGCCUUUCGCAUCGAGCUGCAGGCUUGUGAAAACAUGCUCCUUCAACACCGUCGGGAGCGGAAUGUUGCCAAAUAUGAAGCUGAUGCAAAUCAGAUCUUUCGAGAUGUUAGAAAGCCAGGGCCUGAGCCAGUGCAGGUGAUUGUUGCUCACAAAGACAUGACCGUGCUUGAAGUAGUAGAUCAAUGGACAGUGCAGUGUGACCCUGCUCCUCCCAAAGAAAAUUGGCAGCCUUGGAAGUCCUGUCAUGGUGUGCAUUCCCCGGUGCAAAUCAAUGAUCAACAAGUGCAAUUCUCGCAGCCACAUGGUCUCUCUCCGGGUGAGAAACUCACACGCACUGACUUGCUAGGUUCUGUAGCAGAAAUUCAUCAAGCCUUUACACAAGAAUGGUCGAGACUUUGGGAUAAGCAUUUGCACUUGCCUGCCGGUCACUGGACUGAGCUGCAUGACUUCAUUCAGACCCAAUUACCGGCAGGAGAAAUGGCAUACACACCAAUCAGUCUUAACACCUGGAAAGAAACCAUCGCCGCUAAAAAGUCCCGUGCGGCGGUGGGAUUGGACGGGGUAGCAAAGGCUGAUUUGAUGGCCAUGCCAGAUGCCUUACACAUCAGACUCCUCUCCUUGCUGCACGAAGCAGAACGAUCAGGAGUUCGAAGUGGUACGGGAUUUCCAGAAGGCUGUGCCCUCUCAGUGGCCGCAAUGGGCUUAUGCAACUUGGUGAUUCACAGUUUCAUGGCUGUCCGUUGUCCCAGGGUUCUCAUGUUCUCCUAUGUAGAUAACUUGGAGCUGCUUUCAGAUAGUACAGAUGACGCACUGGAUGGACUUCGGGCUCUCCAGAAUUUUACUACCUUUUUAGGGGUUCCUUGUGACAGCAACAAGACCUAUGCAUGGGCAUUAGACACUCAGGGGCGGCAGCAGUUGAAAGACUCGCACUUGCCAGUCCACCUGCAACAGAAAGAUCUUGGAGCCCAUGUGCAAUACUGUGGUCGCCAAACCAAUGGUGCAGUCAAACAAAAAUGUGCCGACUUGCAAGCUUUGUGGCCUUCCUUAGCGCAGAGCCCAGCACCGCUCAAACACAAAUUGCGUGUGCUGACGGCGGUGGCAUGGCCUAGAGCUUUACAUGCCUCCAGCACGGUGCAUCUUGCCGAAGCCAUCCUGACCGACUUGCGGGCAGGUGCAAUGAAAGGUUUGAGGUUGGAUAAAUCAGGUGCAGCACCCAGCCUUCAAUUUGGACUUUCGCAGGCACCACAUCAAGAUCCGGGUUUCUUUGUGCUUUGGCAAUCCCUUUUUCAGUUUCGAAAGUUUUCAGAUUUGAGUGUGGCCAGUUCUACGCUGGCUUUGGCUUGUUGGACACCGGAUCGCCUCAAAAAGCCGGGCCCCUGUGGUGUUUUGGCUGCCCGCCUCACCAGCUUGGGGUGGACUUACGUGCAGCAUUUUAAAUUUCUGGACCAGGAUGGAGAACUGAUUGAUAUCAUGCAUUGCCCCAUCCAAGAACUGAAGUUUCGCUGCAAGAGAGCAUGGUACCACCGUGUUGGAGCUGAGCAUGCUUACAGAAAGGGUUUUAAAGGUUUGGCUCUGGUUGAUGUGCCCACCAGUGUACAGGUCCCUCCCGCAGUGCUUAGCCAAGUGGAUGCCCUGCCGCAGUGUACUGCGGAGAGGGGAUGGAUGGUGGAGCCGGCCGAAGUGCGCCAUUUUAAGCAUGUCCUGCAGAGUUUGCCAUCAUAUGUUGGAGUGUCACAGGCCUUGGACUUUUCUUCCGGGGAGAUUGAUUUGUUCACAGAUGGUAGCUGCCUUUCACCACACAUCCCAGUUGCGCGACUUGCAUCCUGGUCAUUGGUGCAGGCCGUAGGGCAUCCGGAAGAUCGACAGUUCCGUACAUUGGCCAAUGGUGCGGUGCCAGGACAAUGGCAGACAAUUCUACGUGCAGAACUGCGGGCGGUGGUUGAGGCUGCACAU